GAGGUGGGAAAAUACAAAUUCCGACUUCUCUCGAUCAUACCAAUGGUGCAGAUAAAAGUUAUAAACGCGUACUGGAACGGCUGCAAAACUUGUACAUUUCUUUGGAUAACUGAUGUCGUCGGAUUUACCUAAAUAAGCGUUUUAGUAUUAAAUUUGAAAACGAUCAUGUUUAACGAACUUAUACAACAUGUUUAUAUGUCAAUUUAAUAUUCAGAACUUCAUUCAUAUCAUCGAAAUAUCGCGCUCCCUUGUUUUGAGCGAGAUUGCAAGCUCCGCAAAUAUUUCCUCUGAAUCACAUGAUCGUGUUCCUCUGUCCUGCCUCGUGAACUGUCACAUCAACCAACAAAUCAUCAGUUUCCAGAUCGUUUCAUCUUAUCGCUGCAUUCAGACACCGAUAAAGCCAUGAAACUGAUUAUACUCAACGACUAUGACCAGGUCAGCGAAUGGGCUGCCAAAUACAUAAGAAACAGAAUUAGGACAUUUAAUCCAGGACCUGACAGAUUCUUCACUUUAGGUCUUCCCACAGGAAGCACUCCGCUUGGAUGCUACAAGAAGCUGAUCGAAUAUCACAAAAAAGGGGAAGUAUCCUUCCAGUAUGUGAAAACGUUUAAUAUGGAUGAGUAUGUAGGUCUUCCUAGAAAUCAUCCUGAAAGUUAUCAUUCAUUCAUGUGGAACAACUUCUUCAAACAUAUUGACAUCCGAGCAGAGAACGCUCAUAUCUUGGACGGCAAUGCAUCCAGUCUAGAGCAAGAAUGUCAGGACUUUGAAGCCAAAAUCAAAGCUGCUGGAGGAAUUGAACUUUUUAUGGGCGGUAUUGGACCAGAUGGUCACAUUGCUUUCAAUGAGCCCGGUUCUAGUCUUGUGUCCCGAACACGUGUUAAGACAUUGGCUAUGGACACAAUCCUGGCUAAUGCACGUUUCUUUGAUGGAGAUCUUUUGAAAGUCCCCACCAUGGCACUCACGGUUGGUGUUGGCACAGUAAUGGAUGCUCGAGAGGUCAUGAUACUAAUCACAGGUGUUCAUAAAGCAUUUGCCCUCUAUAAAGCUAUAGAAGAGGGAGUAAAUCACAUGUGGACUGUGUCAGCCUUCCAGCAGCAUCCUCAGACUGUAUUUGUGUGUGAUGAAGAUGCCACACAUGAGCUGAAGGUUAAAACAGUCAAGUAUUUCAAAGGAAUGAUGCAUGUGCACAAUAAGAUGGUGGAGGAGCAAUAGAUUGACACUGAAGAAUCAACAUGGGUCUUUUAGUGAAGUUGAAUUAGAUAUGUGGUUGUGCAUUUCAUCAAUUUUGUUUAUUUUUUACCAGUUUUGAUAAUUUUUUUAAAGGUGCAGUGUGUAAUUUUUUGAAGGAUCUCUUUGACAGAAAUGAAAAAUAAUAUACAAAACUAUAUUAUCAGGGGUGUACAAAGACCUUUCAUAAUGAACCGUUAUGUGUUUUUUACCGUAGAAUGAGACCUUUUUAUCUACAUACAAAGAGGGUCCCCUUACAUGGAAGUCGCCAUUUUGUGCUACCAUUUUUCCACAGAAGCCCUUAACGGACAAUUUUUUUACUAAGUUGUCUCCGACAAUGACAUGUUUGUCCGGUGGCACCUACAGUAGCUUCUCUAUGUGUUUCAAAAGCAAAGGGUGAGCAGUGGACUAGUUGGUUGCAUUUCGCAACCUCACCACUAGAUGCUGCUAAAAUUUACACACUGCACCUUUAAGUUGCAUUUUAUAUGAAACAAAAUUUUGAAAUAUUUGAUAUAUUGAAUUACUGAUUUUAUAAUAUUAUACAAUUAGAUUAUAAUAUAGUCCAUGGUAAUCCCAGUCCCUUAAAUGUGUUAAUGUUCAUGACA